UAGGCCCCACCGUGAGCGUGGGACGCUAUGUAGCGGUUUCUGACGGUGAUUUCCUCGCCCCUUUUCCAUCCCCAAACCCAAAGGCAAACCCCUCUUUUGAAUUCCCUCCCCCUCUCCCCUCGGCCGCCUCGCCGCCGACCCGGCCCGGGACGGAGGCCCCCUCCCUCCCGGAACCUCCUGGAAGCUUCCGCGGCUCCCUCCCCUGCUCCGGCAACAGCCCGCGUCGUCGCCGCCGCCGAGGGCCAGCACCUCGCGCUGCCGGCCCGUUGCUUGCAGCGGGAGGAAAGGGGUCAAGAUGGUUGUCGGAUCAUUCAUCACCAGAGCUUUAAUACUUGUUCUUGGAUAUGCAUAUCCAGCUUAUGAUUGUUACAAGACAGUGGAGCUGAAUAGGCCUGAGAUUGAGCAGUUGCGGUUCUGGUGUCAGUACUGGAUUUUACUUGCAAUGCUUACUGUUUUCGAGAGAGUUGGGGAUAAUUUCAUAUCAUGGUUGCCAAUGUAUAGUGAAGCAAAGCUGGCUUUUAUUGUGUAUUUGUGGUAUCCUAAGACACAGGGGACUUCAUAUGUCUAUGAGUCGUUCUUCAAGCCUUAUAUCGCAAAACACGAAUCUGAGAUUGAUCGCAAUCUUCUUGAGUUGAGGACAAGGGCUAGUGAUAUUGCUGUUACUUACUUCCACAAGGUUGCAGACUACAGCCAGUCAAGGUUCCAUGAAAUCUUGCAAUAUAUUGCUUCUCAAUCACAAGGAUCUCGUUCUCAGGCACAGCAACAGCAGCAGCGUCCACCACCUCCACGGACUCGGAUGGCGAAUCCUGCACCACCACCUGUUCCCGCACCAACGGCACCACCGAUGCCGCCACAGGCCGCCCAAGUUCCUCCUACUCCACCAAGGAUGCAGGUGCAAGAUAAAGGCCCAGUUCCAGUUGCCCCUCCUGGCGCAGUGCCUCCUGUGCAGCAACAAACACCUUCCUGUCCUGGCCCUGUCGCCGGCAACAGCCCCCCAAAGAGUGAAGACAUGCUGGUUGAUCAAUCUGGGCCUUCGACAAGCAACGUGCCACCCCGCCCAACAAUGCCUGAAGACGAGGAGACGCUCAUCCAGGAGGCUAUUCGGUUGACUCGGGGCCGGCUCAGGAGGCGCAUGGGUGGAUCUGGACCUCCAUCCAACUAGCUCUUCUCGCACUUACGACGAUGGCAGGGGAAAUGCUGGGUUGGUCCAUCAGGCAUGGCUGAAUUUCCUCGCACAGUUGCAAGCUCACGUCCACCUUGUAAAACGAUGAAUCCUGGUUCCUGUUGUUUCACAGCCCAGAUUGUGUAUAUAAACCCACCCCAUGCCAGGGGUAAAAACGCUGGGAUGCCAGUGGACCACCAGUUUAGCUAGGCGGUAGCAGAAGAUGGUGGUUAAGAUGCUCGGUGAAAUCGGUUCCAACUUAGUUCUGUCGAAAUUCGUUGGUGGUGACUUCGUCUGUAUUGGAAAGUGGUUCAAAGGUGAAGUGAAAUAAUCUUAGGCUGUACCGGGAAGAUAGAACCUUCGCCCGCCUCGCAUUAGCACGUUCUGUUGCUGCUACAUUUAUUUA